CUCCUCUUUCCAAUCGAAGACUCAGGACGCAGAUCGCAAGAACUUCAACAGGCUGACACAAGAUCGCAGUUCUGGAAAUGCGGUGCUGAAAGAUACACAGGACACAAUCCAGCUCAGCGGAGACGCAGGUGAUCGAUAUCCAGCAGCACAACAGUGAGUCUUCACUGCCAGGCACAUAGGAGAUUGAGCCAGCUGUCCCUUUCUCCUUUUUUUAAUUAAAGAAUCAGGACGUAAAUCAAGAUCACAAUCACAAUCCUUCCUGACAGACGGCACUGAAAGACACACAGGACCCAAUCGAGCUCGAAGGAGAAGCUGAAUAUUGUUGAACUCAUUCUUCUCUAUUGCCUAAAGGUAUCAGCUCCAACCACUGAUCUGGACAGGUGAUAAAGAUGCAAAUUCCAAUGGCAGUGAAACACUGGUUGCUGGCUGUUCUUGCACUGCUUGUCAUAGGUCUGGUGUGGUUGAGUUACAAUCAACGUAAGUUAAGACCAGUUCAUUUCCUGGUACCAGGUCCAAAACAUUCCCUUCCUUGUCCAAAUUAUCCCCUUGAGGAAACCAUUUAUCCAAUCAAGGAUACAAAUCACUUCAUUCUUUCUGCCUAUGAAGAUCACAGAGAAAAGAGACUGACUCGGGUUAUAGGGAUAGUUCACCGACACAACCUUGAGCCACUUUCCUGUAUUUUCUGCUGUGAAAAAAGCUCCAACUUUCAGACAAGGGCUCUGAUAGACAUCCAUACAGACCAUUUCGGAUUCCCUUUUGCAACUACAGACCUGCUGUGUGAAGAGAAUCCUGAGUGCAAUGCUUCACACGUCACUAUCGAAAGGGAAGAAAGGAAGAGAGGAGGGAGACUCUUUCUGCCCAUAAGGAACCGGGAGAAGACCGAGGGUGACUUCCCUUAUGAGUUCACAGUCUGUAUCUCCAACCUGUUUGGGGACUACAACAAUGCCCUGCAGUUCAUACAGACCAUGGAGGUGUACAAGAUCCUGGGAAUACAGAAGGUGACCAUCUACAACACCAGCUGUGGGCCACAGCUGGAUAAGGUUCUGCAUUACUACUCAGAGGAGGGACUCUUGGAGGUGGUGCCGUGGCCCAUAACACAAUUCCUCAAUCCAUCACGUGGCUGGAAUUUCGCAGAGCACAAGGGAGACCUGCACUACUAUGGGCAGCUGACUACACUCAACGACUGCAUCUACAGAAACAUGUACAAGUCCAAGUACCUGCUCCUCAAUGACAUGGACGAGAUCAUAAUGCCCUACAAGCAUGGCAGGCUGCAUGAGCUCAUGGGAAACCUCUCUGCUCAGAACCCCAAAGUGGGGGUUUUUGUGGUGGAGAACCACAUCUUCCCCAAGACCAUGUUCGAUGACAACAAGAGGUUUGACCUACCCCUCUGGAGAGAGGUGCCAGGGAUUAACAUACUGGAGCACAUCUACAGGGAACCAGACAGGAAGAAUGUUUUUAACCCCACCAAACUGAUCAUCAACCCCAGGCAGGUGGUGCAGACAUCUGUGCAUUCUGUUCUAAAAAGUUACGGGGAAACUUUCAGGAUCCCCCCAGAUGUGUGCAGAAUCAUACAUGUCCGUGUGCCACUUCAGGGUCACCUUACUAAAGAACAGCUGCUUGUGGACACCACGCUGUGGGAUUUUCAACAGGAGCUAGUGCCAAAGAUUAAUAAUGUCAUACACAAGUCAGGGGUGCUGACGUGAAAAUGCUCAACACAACAAGAGCAGGGAUCUUCACUACUGGUCCAGCACAUUGCCAGUCCAGUAUGCUUUAUAGGUCUCUCCAAAUAACUGUUUUUGCAAAAUAGGGAACACAUGUAAUUGAGUAAGAAAUUUGUACAAUAAGUUUUGUCCUUGAGAGCUGUAGAUUUUUGUUGACCAUCAUGCCCAGUUGAUAGUUUUAGAUUUGAUAGUAAUCAAUACUUAAAACAUUAAUAACAAGCCAAUUGUGAGAGAAGAUUUUUUUCCUGUUUCAUUUCUGGUCUUCUGCCUACAAUGUGCUAUUUAAUGGCUGCACAACCUACUGUAGCUCUUCUCUGAUUCAAAGUUUUAAACCCACACAACGAUUCACCGUCAAUCUCAUUCGCCCACUUAAAAACAACAUUGAAUAUCAAAACCAUAACUGAAACAAAUGUUGAAUGAAACUGUUAGACGCCUUUGUAAUUGACACAAAGGGCUGAAAAAUGUUAAAUCUGUUAAAUUCAGUCGUAAUCAAUCCUUGGUUCUCUGAAAAGGAAAGCAGGCAUCACUGAUGACUUACAGGCACCUAUCACUUAAUGCCAGUGGAGACCAAAUCGCAUUAUCCUCAGCGGUGAGGGCAACAGUUAUCAUUGUUAUCUUCAAUUCUCAUGAGGCACAGCAGGAGGCUUGCUAUGUAGCGUCCGAUGACCUGGUGUGUGCUGGGGUAUCCCAGUCUCCUGAUGAAGAACCACAAGGAGCAGUGGGCCAAUUCCAUCUCCAAUCUUCCAAAGUGCCUUAAAUUCUGCUGGACUACGGACGGGUGUAAGCACAAUCCUCUAACACCUGGACAGUAUGUCGGCCAUCGACUUACUCACUCUAGGCGAGUACGUACCCAAACAGCAUGCUUUUUUCGCUGCACAGAGUAGAAGUUAUAACGUGCCACUCCUUCACGUGAAUUGAGUGUACUCUCACUGCUGAAGUGGUGUUUCUGAUGAUCACACAACAGAGUUUAUUAAUGUUCUCUGUCGGGGUUUGGAAGUGUGGGAGAAGUCCGGAAGGAUUCAAGGGAGACAAGCUUGUUGCCAAGAGAAGCAGGUGGACAGAGGCACAAAGAGGGUACACAAGGGCUUAAAAAAGAAAGGUAAAGGUUUAUUUGGUGCUCAGAUCUCUUGGUUAAUCUCUCUGUAAUUAUUUGUCUCUUAUCAAGAAAUGGCAAUAAAUUGAUUAAUCUAGUUCC